CAAAACAUCUUUAAGUCAAGCGUUGAGUUGUUUUGCGGCGAAAAUAAAUGUGAUUUUGUUUUACUUUGGAUUCAAUACGAAAAGAGCAGAACUGAUGGCAGAAUGAGUGCCAAAGAAAUGCGAAAAUUUCUGAAAAACUUCUUAAGGGAUGAGUUGUUCCGAAACGAUCUGAACGUGUGGUCAGAAUACGUGUCAUUCGAGUACUUAUUGGCUAACAAUCAAACCGAAGGCCGAAAAGUAUUUCAAACAGCGAUUGAGUUAAUGCUUAAACUCAACCAAAAUAGAGACCAACUCUUGAAGUUUGUCCGCAAAUACAUUGAACUCGAGUUUGACAUCAAUUGUUUGACUCAAAUGUCCGACAAUUUAUCGGUAAAACAUUCCGCAAAAGACUCGACGAUUCAAGACUUGUGUCUCAAUUCAUUGUUAUCUAUAAGUUGUGGUCAAAUAGUGUCCAACUCUUCGCCAACUCUUGUUCUCAAAGCUAUUAAUGUUUUGAAACAAGUUUUAGAGCCGACUAUUGAUCACAUCUUUUGUUUGGUUUUUAUCCAUUAUUUCACAAAAGUAAAUAGUCGUCAAAAUUCUGGCCAAUCAUUAAAACAGUUGCGUUCAGUACUGAACAGAGCACUGGAUUUAUAUCCAAGUGAUCAACAAUUUCUGUCUCUAUUCGUAAACAUAGAGUUCAUGUCUCAUGUGUUUUGUCGGAUGAGAAAGUUUUUCGCCAAAACAUAUCAAAGCGUUCAAAACCAGAAGAAUAGUCACCACAACUGGAAUCUAAUCAUUUACUCCAUUCAUUCGGAACUUAAAAGACUUGAUGUCACGAAUGGGACUGUCCGGAAGCCGAGCGCAGCCAUCCCUCCCGCGACCCGAAGUAGAGGCCGGGGAGAGAGCGGCCACACCAGCGACCAGAUAUUCACUGGUUUUGACACCCAUUCAGGUAUUGUCAAUAGGGUUCGACUCUUGUUUGAAAGAGCCCUCAAUAGCCAUCAGUUAUCCAAUUGUGUCACUCUUUGGCGACUUUACAUCAAAUAUGAGCUCAACUGCAAUAAUAUAUCGAAAGCCAGAUCAGUGUUUUACAGGGCUUUACAGACGUGUAGUUAUAGUAAAAGUCGUAUCGCAAAAAAAUACGACAAAACCAAGAAUUCUGGCCCUAAAACACACCAAUCGUUACUCAGAUUUGAGAAUCGUUUUGAAAGGAUUGGGUCCCAACCUCUUCUGCGUCCGCCAGUGGUGUCCGCGACCGACACCACCGCCGCUAUCAACGGCUCCAGAGCUAUCUUCGUCGGAGUUGGCGGACAUGGAGUACGAGUCCAGCGGUUGACAGCAUUGGAUCCAUUCCUGUUUGGAGAGUUUUCGGUCGUAAUUCUGGUCGCAGUAAUUGAUUUCCGUUCGGAAACACUUCCGGAGCCGCGAAUUAAUGGCGUGCGAAGAGCUCUUGCGCCACAUCUGGCGAAACAGUUUCCAUUCGCUGUUCUCGACGAACGCGUCCCGAUUCGUGUCAAUCCUGUCGAAGAUUGUCUGACACGAGUUGUUGUCCUUUUCCAGCAAUUGUCUCAAUCGUUGGUGAAAUUUGUUUCGCCGCCUCUGAUCGCAGCCCUUCCGUAUGGACUCGCAGUUGUUUUGGUUACUAUUGGUCGACAUAUUCUGCAGCGUCUUAAUGGUCUGUCCGGUGACCCGAGAGACGCACCAACAGUAGGACUUAUGGCACUGAAUGCGGACAUAAUAGCCGUCUUUCGUGCACUCGGGUAUAAAGAGCUCUCCGUAUGGAUUCACUUUCGCCGACUCCAAGGCAUUGGCGCGCUCCUCUUCGGCGCCGGGCGCUCAUCGCUUCCGACCGCCGUUUGUCCGCCACCGACACCACCGCCGACACCGUUGCCUCUCGACGUCGUCGUCGAGUUUAGCGCCAGAAACGCCCGAAAACUGAAGUCAAAGUUCAGACACUCUUUGAACUCCGUUUUGGUCACAAACGAGUCGUUGUUUUGGUCGCAAAACGUGAACAUCUGUUGA